CCCUUUCAUUCUUUUUUCAUCAUCUGCUGCACCUGAUUUUAAAUCAUGGCUGCAAAACUUGAAGGUGGAGCUUAUCUCUCUUCUUUUGUUUAUGCUAUUUCAAAGAAGCUGUCUUCAAUACUUGAAGAUGACUCUAUCCUCGAAGAUGACUACUCUACUCAGAAGUUGCUUGAAAAGUUGGAUGAUUAUCUGUAUGAUGUUGAACCUGUGCUUGAUGAUGCUGAGCUGAAGCAGUUCGGUAACGAUAGAGUGAAGAAGUGGCUUGUUGAUCUCCAAGAUGCUCUCUAUGUGGCUGAUGACUUUCUGGAUGAACUCUCCACUAAAACUGCCACUGCUACUCCAAGGGAUCCAGGUAACUCUUAUGACUGGUCUCACUCUGUUGAUUCAAUUAUUGAAGAUAGUGGUGUCAAUGUCAUUGAAAAUAUAGUUGGCACACUAGAGUCUCUUGUUGAACGAAAAGAUAAGCUUGGUCUGGACAAGAGUGUCAAGUUGGACACAUCAUGGAGAAUUCCAUCCACAUCUCUCGUUGUUAGUUCUGACAUAUUUGGUCGGGACGAAGACACGAAGAACAUAAUCAAAUUGCUGUUAGAUGAUACCUGUGAUGCUGAAUCACUUGUGACUGUGAUUCCCAUUGUAGGUAUGGGUGGGAUAGGAAAAACUACUUUGGCUCAAUUGGUUUACAAUGAUGCCAAAGUCAUGGAAAAAUUUGACACUAGAGCAUGGGUGUGUGUUGCUGAAAAUCCUGACCCUGUCCAUGUUACAAGGACAAUAAUAGGGGCAAUAGAUUCUUCUCUCCGUGACCAGGAUAAUUUUGAUUUACUUCAGACUAAUCUGAAGGAAAAAUUGACAGGAAAGACCUUUUUGGUUGUUUUAGAUGAUGUCUGGCAUGAUCAACGAGACAUGUGGGAAGAUUUCCUAAAACCUUUUCGCUAUGGGAAUAAUGGGAGUAAGAUUCUCCUAACAACCCGUAACGAAAACGUUGCUUCUGUGUUCGCACCUAUCAAUCUACAUUAUGGACUAAGUUUACUGUCAAAUGAAGAUUGUUGGUCGGUGUUUUUGAAGCAUUCAACUAUUUCUACUAAUUCUAAACAAUAUACAACUCUAGAAAUAAUUGGUAGAAAAAUUGUUGAAAAGUGUAAAGGAUUACCUUUGGCAGUGAAGACACUUGGAGGUUUAUUGCGCAACAAGCAUAAUGAAGGGGAUUGGGAGAAUGUACUUAAAAGUAAAAUUUGGGAACUCUCCAACAGUAAAAUUGUUCCUGCAUUAAGAGUCAGUUAUCAUUACCUCCCUUCAUAUUUAAAGCGAUGUUUUGUUUAUUGCUCUCUAUAUCCCGAGGAUUAUGAAUUUGACAAAGACGAAUUAAUCCUGUUAUGGAUGGCUGAAAAUCUUUUACAACCAAAUGAAAACAACACAUUAAAAAAUACUGGUUGUGCAUAUUUUGAUGAAUUAGUUGCAAGGUCAUUUUUUCAACCAUCUAGUAGUGAGAGAGGGUUAUAUGUAAUGCAUGAUCUCAUGCAUGAUCUAGCAACGUUCUUUGCUGGGAAAUUCUAUUUCAAACUCGAGGGAUCUGAGAAUCUACACGGGGUAGAUAGCAAAAUUCGUCAUUUGUCCUUUUCUUCAUCCACGUCAUUUGGAGAGGCCUGUAAGAGAGCAGUACACUUGAGAACAGCUUUAGAUUUUUCUUGGUAUCGUCAAUCAAUUGAUGUUGAAGGCAAACCCUGGCUGUUACAACAACAAUUGAGAGUUUUGUCAUUUCCUAUAUAUUCAUUGCCUGAAUCAAUAGGUGAAAUGAUUUAUUUGCGUUAUUUAAAUCUGUCUAAAGCAUGGAUUGUGACAUUGCCAGAGUCAAUAUGUAAAUUAUACAAUCUCCAAACUUUGAAGUUGAGAGAUUGUAGACAUCUAGAGAUGCUUCCCAGCCGCAUGCAAGAUCUUGUGAACCUACAACACCUUGAUAUUCGAGGUGUUUCUCUUCUGAAAGAGAUGCCGAAGAAAAUGAGCAAGCUAAAGCAUCUAAACUUCUUAAGUAAUUAUAUCAUCGGCGAGCAUGAAGAGAAUGGAAUAAGAGAAUUGGGAACACUGGACAAUCUUCAUGGUUCAUUACACAUUCUCAACUUGGAGAAGGUCAAGAAUAGUGAUGAAGCUUUGGAGGCAAAGAUGGGUAACAAGAAGCACCUCAACACUUUGAAAUUGCAAUGGCUUCCAUUAGGUUACAUUUACACCGAUCAUGUCAAAAUACUUGAAGAGUUACAACCUCAUGAAAACUUGAAAGAAAUAUCAAUUAAGGGUUAUCGGGGUGAAACAUUCCCAGAUUGGUUAAGCCUUUCUCGCUACUGCAAUAUGACCAAAUUGAGUCUGAAUGAUUGUGAGAAUUGUUGUGAGCUUCCUUCGCUGGGACAGUUACCCUCUUUACAGCAUCUGAAGUUUUCUCAACUUCAUGGGGUGGAGAAAAUUGAUUUGGCGUUUUACAACAAUAGUGGAUCGUUUGAGCAGGAGACACCUUUCAAAUCUCUUAAAACUCUAGAAAUUUGGCACAUGAAGCAUUGGCGGGAGUGGAAUUUUCCUGAUGAGUUUGAUGGUUUUCCAAAACUUAGAAAGCUUUCAGUGAGAGACUGUUGGAAGUUAAGAGGAAGUCUGCCUGCUCACCUUCCGGCUCUGGAGGAACUUUGCAUUUUUAAUUGUUCAGGGCUUGUAUGUUCGCUGCCGAGGGCUCCCAAGAUUCAACAAUUACAAGUUUACAGUAAUCCGGUACUAUCAGUAUCGCGCACGUUAGAAAUUUCAGAAACCCAGCUGGCGCAACCCCUGUUGGAGUGGGUCCCCCACCUGCAAUCGCUACGUGCGGAAUGUCUGGAAAUCUUUAGAUGUCAGUCGCUGAAAUCAAUUUCAGCAGAUUAUUUGCCGGCUUCACUAACGGAGAUACGUGUACGGGAGUGUGAUUCACUGUCGUCGGUUCAAUUGGGGCCCCUUCCAAAUAUCAAGAAAUUGACAAUUGCUCACUGCCCAAGCAUGGAAUGUGUUGACUUGCCACAGGCUCUUCCAGGUCUCCGUUAUCUACUGAUCUCAGGGUGCCCCAGUCUAGUAUCCUUGCCGGCACUAGGGUUGGCUGCGCCCCACCUGGAGGAGCUGCAUCUAUGGGAUUGCCCAGAAAUCGAUUGUUUUGCUGACAAGUGCCUCCCGGCGAGUUUGAAAACUCUUCAAGUCGUGCAAUGCGAGAAACUAGCGAGGUGGAUGACAUCAAAGGGUUUGCAGAGUCAACGCCUUACCCGUCUUGAUAUUCGUGAAUGGUUUGAUGUAAAGUCGUUCCCAAGUGAGGGUUGCCUCCCUGCUUCUCUUGAGUAUUUAGAAUUGUGGGAAUUUCCAGAUCUGGAGACGCUUGAUUGCAAGGGGCUUCACCAUCUUGUCCGCCUCAAACAUUUAGAAAUUGGUGACUGUGAAAAGCUUGCCAAUAUCACCCAAGAAUGUUUACUUCCCUCCAUAGCAAAUAUCCGCAUGGGGACAAAAUGUCCUUUGAGUCGUAAGCUGAAAGAGAUGGAAGACCUACGGAAUCGUUUUGAUACUUUCGACGACUACUUGGGCCAUGAAUAUGAUUCCAAUCUCGAGUGAUUCUGAUUUUACACCAAUGAAUGUGCAAUGAGAGCGGUCACAGGCUACAGUUGGGGAAGAUUGAAGAGUCAACAUUAACACAUGGCUGAGGCAACGUGAGAAUUUGGGUGCACUGAGGUUUAUGAAUGGAGCAACUUAAAGAAUUUGCUUCUGCUGCAAAGAAAGCAAAUAAUCAAGGUAUUGCGCUUCCUUGAGACCUUGAAAGCAGUAUGAUUUCUUCCCUGAAACUGUUGAAUCUAUGAUGGGCACUGCCAGCAUGUGUAACACAUAAAAGCUGGUAGCAUAUUCUGUGGCUUUUCAUCAAUAAAAAUCCUCUGCCAGUGAACACCAACAAAUGAAGGAAAACUUCUUGAAUCCUCAAGGAGGAAGAGCUUUUUUUUUCAUGUAAAUCUUGAACCAUUCAAGUGAUUCUGGGAUAUUUAAAAAGUAAUGCGGUCUGCACGAAUAAAAGGCAAAGGUGAUAUCUGGGGGCAUAAAUUUCUUCCUGAUAGGAGAUGGAAUUGAUGUUCCAACAUCUUCAAGAGGUAUCUUGUUUCAUUCUCUCCAAAAAUUAUUACAUGUUUUCCAAAUGUAUAUAUAUUCAGGUACCUAAGCUUAUAUUCAACCAGAGUAACUUGAAUUGAUCAUCCAUAUAUACGUGCUAUGUCUCUUCUCAUUCUGCUGUUUCAAUGGAAGCCGAAAAACAAACUUCUGUGUCUGAGGUUUCGCUUUUGCUUCGUGUAAGUAAAAGUCAUUGAAAUGCUCAUUGUGUAGCUGAUUUGGUGGAGAGGGUCAGUGAAUAGAGUUCAUUUUUAUUAGAUCUUUUUCAAAUUUGUCCCGCUAUCAAUGUCUGCCUUGAAUUUGAUAACUAAUUGAAAUCCAGUCCAAAUUUUACAUUGUAUUAUCCUUUUUAUAAUGUUACCUGUUUUUAGACCCAUUUUCUUAUGUUUAGAUGAGAAGAUGAUUGUAUCUACCAUGAGACAGUUAACCUUUGAAGGCUGAGGUUUCUUGUAGCAGAGUACUUUGGAUAGGUCUAUGAGUGUUUGGAUUUUUUUCUCUCUCUCCUUACUAUUUAUUAUG